GAGAUUGUUGGAGCAGAACUACUGAACACAAGCAGGCACUGCGUCUUCAGCUGUCACCGAGUGUGCACUCGGAUUGGAAAAGGUGAACUGGAAGCUUUCUGCUGCAGUGACGCGGAGUGACCCAUCUGCUCACAUAACAAGACAUGGGCUUCCACGUGACUUCCUUCCUUUCCUACAAACUCCGGUUACUCUUGCUUUUUACUUUAUGCCUGACGGUGGUGGGGUGGGCCACCAGUAACUACUUUGUCAGUGCUAUUCAGGAGAUUCCUAAAGCAAAGGAUUUCAUUACUACUUUCAAAAAGGCCAUGGUUUUGGGGAAGAAAGAAACUCUGGCUGACGAAGCCUCUGUGAAAAGAGCAGACCUGGACGACUGCCCUUCCGUCUCUCCACACCUCAGAGGUCAGGACAAGCUCGUUUUCAAACCAGAUCUUACUCUGGAAGACGUGCAGGCAGAAAAUCCCAAAGUGCACAGAGGCCGGUAUCACCCCGAGGAAUGUAAGGCUUUACAGCGGGUUGCCAUCCUCAUUCCACACCGGAACCGAGAGAGACACCUGAUGUACCUGCUAGAACACCUUCAUCCCUUCUUGCAGAGGCAGCAGCUGGAAUAUGGCAUCUACAUCAUCCACCAGGCUGGGAGUAAAAAGUUUAAUCGAGCCAAACUCUUGAAUGUGGGCUAUAUAGAAGCUCUCAAGGAUGAAAUGUGGGACUGCUUUAUUUUCCACGAUGUGGACCUGGUGCCCGAGAAUGACCUGAAUCUUUACAGGUGUGAGGAUCAGCCCAAGCACCUGGUGGUGGGCAGGAACAGCACUGGCUACAGGUUGCGUUACAACGGAUAUUUUGGGGGUGUUACUGCCCUAAGCCGAGAGCAAUUUUUCAAGGUGAAUGGAUUCUCUAACAACUACUGGGGAUGGGGAGGCGAAGACGAUGACCUCAGACUCAGGGUUGAACUUCAUAGAAUGAAAAUAAUCCGGCCGAUGCCUGAUGUGGGCAAAUAUACAAUGAUCUUUCACACUAGAGACCGAGGCAAUGAGGUGAACAUAGGGCGGAUGAAGCUCUUACAUCAGGUGUCACGAGUCUGGAGGACAGAUGGGUUGAACAGUUGUGUUUAUAAAUUACUAUCCGUGGAUUACAAUCCUUUAUAUGUCAACAUCACGGUGGACUUCUGGUCUGGCCCAUGACCCUGGAUUGCCUGGUGAUGUUCGGAAGAACUGGAUAUCUGAUUGCAAUAAUUUUGGCCUAGAGACUUCCCCUAGUAGCACACAGUAAGAACGUGCUGCAGCUGAUUAUCGAGCUGAACUUUUCCUUUUUGUAUUUUCUUAGUAGAGCUCCUGGUGAGAUGGAACAUAACGCAAUAGUAACAAAACAGCGUUCUUAGUUGUUUUGAUCACGAAGGUUAAAAUAUUGUAAUAGAUACUUGAAGGACUAAGUGUAAAAGGAAGACUCAAAAGCUCUCAUGCAGGCUACUUGAGAACUCUAAUUGAAGGAGAUUUAUUUAAGUUUGAAGUGGUUCAUUGUGGGAUAAAAAAGUCCACUGGAAAUAAGAUUGCUGAAUGUCCCAGAGAACCAGAAUUGUUCUCCCUGGAGGGAGAGAAAGGUACGAAGAUGUAUUUCUAUUCCUCGUUUAUCCUGCAUGGCCAAUCUGUGAAGAGGCUGGUCCCAGUGAGAAGACAGCGGCAGAAGAGGGGAGAAAGGUGAAGAACCAAGAUGCAGUGGACUUGGGAAUUUACGAGGUGGUCGGAAGACAGGGCCAGAUGGAGAGGCAGCCACAGUACUGGCUGCUGCUGCUGCUAAUCCUGUCACCUGCCCGGAUACACCUUCCAGUAAGAUCCCAGCAGAAGACACAUUAUCUACUACUUUUUCAAUAAUUUUUGUAAAAUGAUUUUGUACAUGUAGGGUAUGAAUGAGCAGUUUACAAAUUAUAUAGUGACUAAUAAUACAUCGAAAAUACCUCUGCAGUAAAAUAUAAAAAAGCUU